CUGCGGCCUUGCCUGGGACCUGUUGUGGGUCGCCUAGGGACUCUGCAGGCGAAAUGGCCUGGUCCAGCCUUCUCCGAGGUCUCAGCGCGUCGCUAAGUUAUGGCCUUGCCCUGGCCCCCCGGCCCUGGCCCCUUCGCACCAUGACCACCCUGAACCAGAUGCACCGCCAGGGCCCACCGAAGCGGAAGCCGUCGCAUCUGGGGCCCACGGAAGGCCGGCCGCAGCUCAAAGGAGUGGUUCUGCGCACCUUCAUCCGCAAGCCCAAGAAACCCAACUCGGCCAACCGCAAGUGCUGCCGUGUGCGGCUCAGCACGGGCCGGGAGGUGGUGUGCUUCAUCCCGGGCGAAGGCCACACGCUACAGGAGCAUCAUGUGGUGCUGGUUGAAGGUGGCCGCACCCAGGACCUGCCCGGGGUCAAGCUCAAGGUCGUUCGAGGCAAGUAUGACUGUGGCCACGUGCAGAAGAAGUGACCCAGGGAGAGCUGAUGGAACCCAAACUGCCAGGCUGGGCCCCCGUAGCCACUGGCUGGACAUGGGCUCGAACCUGACUCUGUGGCUGCCAAUGCAGAAUCCCGGUGGAAGGAAGAGAGGAGCCACUUGGUCCUUGAGUUGUGAGGGAUUUCGUGAGGUGACGCUGGUGGGGGUGGGG